AUGGCCGGCCCGGGCGUGGGGCGUGGGGGAAGCGGGCGCACUGCGCUUGCCGCGGCUGCUGCUCGUGCUUCUAGGGUGGACAUUUCCUCAGGGCCUCCUGCCGUGCAGUUCAAGUGGAAGGCGGAUUUCGCGCCCAUGCCUGCGGCCGAGGGGAUGUUCCUCGAGUGGAUGGCAGAGCCACGUGUCGGGCUGCUGUUGGAUCUGGAUGUGGUCAGAUGCCAGCUGGCAGAUAUGAUGAAGAUUCACGAUCUGGCAACAGCAAGUGGUGGUGCUACAGCCGCUGGUGGUGCUUCAGCCGCUGGUGGUGCUACAGUCGCUGAUGCUACAGCUGCUCGUGCGACCGGCUCUCGUGCUUCCAGCGCCGGUGGUGCUACAGCUGCUGGUGGUGCUACAGCUGCUGGCGGUGCGCCGAAGCACUUCUGGUGUGGUGCUGGUAGUGGUGCUGGUAAUGGUGGUGGUGCCGCUAGUGGCAUGUACAAGGAGCGCGUGGAGGACGCUGCUGUUGAGGCAGCCAGGCAGCGGCUGGCAGAGAGGGCAGAAGGGGGAGAGGGGGCAGCAGGGCAGAAGCGGGCAGAGAGGCACGGAGGACAGGAGGGAGGUGGGGAGAGGAACAGAGAGGAAAGCGAAUGCACAGGGACGGGAGGAGCAGCGGCAGGUGCUGCUGGCACUACCGCUAAUCCCAGCGCUACUGCUUCCAGCACCACUGCUAUUGCCCGCCUCGUGCCAGUCAUCAGUGACCCAGCAGUGGCACUCUUCACGUACCUAGCUGCCUGUCUCCUCCAAUGGGUGCGAGUGCACGGCCCCAGGCUCAACCCCCCCAGCUACUGCACCCGCACCAACCCAGAAACCCCACACCUGGCUCUCCCGCACCCGGUGCACGACCUCCCGAGCCUGCUGGUCAGGUUCGGCGCCAUACCAAAACCUAUCGCGGCAGGCUCGGAAGGUUCUGCACUGGAGGAACUUGGUGCGGGAGGAGGGGUUUCGGGGUGGGAGGAGUUUCCAGUGGGGGACAGAGAGGUCUUGAAGGCGCAUGGCAGUGGCAGUGCUCUGGGAGGGAGGGAACGAGUAGAAGGGGUAGAAGUUGUGGAGCGGUUAGAAGGGGUGGAAGAGGGAACUGCAGGGCUUGUGAGUGGGGAGUUUUUGGGGGUGAAUACCUUCCAGACGGGCAGCUUCCGGGACUCUGUGUUCGACCGGGAGGAGAUGCUGAAAGAGUUCAACAUUGGAUCAGCAAAGGGUCUGCAUGAGAGGAGAAUUGCCACGAGCCCAGCAGAGGACGUGCAGGAGUAUGGAGCUGCCAGGGCUCUGAGUAACAGCAGCACAGAUGCUCCCGCAUUUCCAACUCUCGCGGACCGUGUCGAGGAGUUUUUGAGAAGGUUCUCGCCAAAGCGGCAGGCGAAGGAGGGGCGUGGCGGGCCACUGGCACGAGCGAUCACCGACUGGGUGCUGCGACUCCACCUGACAGCUGCAACAGCAGAGACUAGCAGCAGCGGUGGAGUUAGCAGCAGCAGCAGCAGUAGCAGCACUAGCAGGGGGCCAAAGGGAGAGAGGAGGGACAUGAGCUGGGCGGCGCUGGCCCUGGGGGCGUAUUCCCCGGGCAAGUUAAAGCCCAUGCUGAGAUCCCCCCAGGAGGUGGACGCGUUUGUGGAGUUCAUGGCGGCCAUGACCACCCUCACUCCCGCCUGCACGUCCUGCCAGAUGUGCCUCAACGUCUUCAACCGGGCAGUCACUCCCGCGGCCGUUGUUGCCUCCUUUGCUUUCCGCCCCUCCUCGGUGCUCCUGCGCUGCAUCCUCUCGCUCUAUCCCCAGCGCUUCACGCCGGUGAGAGUUUCCCUGGGCAAAGAGAGACACCUCUUUAAGCUCAAAAUCCUCAGGUGGGUGUUUUUAGAGGCAACUUUUGAGGCGCCUCAAAAGUUUCCUUGGGCAAAGAGAGACACCUCUCAAGCUCCAAAUCCUCAGAUGAAGGAGCUCCUAGACACGCUCGGCAUCCCCCCGCUGCCGGACCUGAUCCCGAACCGCCUCGUGGCUGCUCUUCUCGAAGGCGUGGUGGAGCACAAGCGCCUGCACUUGCUCUACACCGCAGCCAUGCUGCUGUCUCGGGAAGGCAUCAUUCAGGAUAUCAUGGAAUUGCACCGAGCAGAUGGAGUGGUGAGGAGUGAAGAGGAGUUGAGAGAGGUGGAGUGGAACGGGUGGGAGGGGGGCGAUGAGUGGCUGAUGUGGGAGGAGGUGGAUAGCUGGAGAAACGCGGUGCUUAGAGCUUGGCCUGUUACUGAGAUGAUGCUUGCUGCUGCUGCUGCUGCUUCUGGUGCUGCUGCUGGUGGUACUGCUGCUGCUGGGGGUGAGAGGGAGGUGGUAGGAGGGUUGAAAAUCACGCCUUCGUAUCUGGUGCCGUGGGUGGGGGGAGUGAAUCCGUUUGCAUGCCUGCGGGAGAUGCUGCUGGGGGAGACGUGCUACUGGGAGCUCUCAAACGGGCGGUGGGUUGGGGUAGGGGUAACACCUGGGGCAGGCUCAUCUGGUGCUGCUGCUGAUGCAUCAGGCACAAGUGCAGCAGAGGGGUUCCUAGCAUGGGCAACAUCGCAUGGCCUGUACCUCUCCCCCAAGGCACGAAUCAAGCUCACACCAGACAUUCCACCAGAGCCUCUCGAAUCCGCUACAGACAGCCCCUCUACAAAGUCGAAAACCACUGGCAGCAGCAGCAGCAGCAGCAGUGGUGGUGGCAAGGGUGGAAGUAAGAAGGGGGGCAAAGGGGGAAAAGGGGAGAGUGGAGGGAGUGGGGUGGUGCGUUUGGUGCGAGGGCUGGUGGCCGAGGAGGAUAUGGAAGCGGGAGACACGCUGUGCAAGAUACCGAUGUCUCUAGCGCUCUGGUUCAACACCAGCCAGGAAGGAGAUCCGGAGGGAACAAGCGGAGGAGGGGCAGGAGUGGGUGGGGCGGGCGGGGCGAAGGCAGGCGGGAGCAUGAGGGAGAGGAUGAGGGAGAUGCGGCAGCGGGUGCUGCAGGGGAGGGCUGCUGCUAAGGCCGGCAUUGGUGGUGGUGGGAGGAAGCAGACUGGGUGGGACCUGGUCGCCCUGAGGAUUCUUGAAGAGAAAGCAAAGGGAGAUGCCUCCCCUUGGGCGCCCUACAUCCGCUCCCUGCCACCCUCUGUUCCUCUGCCCAUCUUCCUCCCUCCUGAGGAGGAGGGCGAGGUGCAGUGGGCAUCGACAAUGGAGCAGGUGAAGAGGAUGAACGAGGAGAUUCGAGAGACGUACCACAAGCACCACGACUCCACACAUCCCAACCUUUCCUUUGAUGAGUACAAGUGGGCUGUCUCCAUGGUUCACAGCCGAGCCUUCACGCUGCCAGUCAGGCCGGGCGGCAAGUUUGAGCAGUUUGUGAUGAUGCCGUUCAUGGAUGCCAUCAACCAUCAUUACAACAACCAUAUGGACUGGAUGGCAAGGCCUGUCACACCUGAGGGAGUGUUGGAGAUCCGGCUAAAGCGGGCCGCCAAGAAGGGCGAGCAACUGUUCACCUCUUUUGGGCCUCGCAGCAACGAGAACCUUUUUCUCUACUACGGCUUCAUUCUGGAGGGCAAUCCCUUUGACAGCCUCGCUCUCUUCCCCUCCUUCGAGGACUCAGUCCGCUGGCUGCUCGACCGGCUCUACACAGACUGUCGCUCCGACUCCCUCCAGCGCCACAUGACCGUCGCAGCCAUCGCCGGCGCCUCCUCCUCCGCCGCCUCUUCCGCCAUCGCCUCUGCCGCUGGUUCAUCCUGCUCGCGAAUUUCAUUCACUCAGGCGUGGAAGCAGGCUCGCGCGGCCCUCGAUCGGCCUUCCUCACACGAUGCUUCUCGCGGGUUUGAGCGGGACAGGAACCUCUGGUGGGAUCUGAUGAACAGCUGGGUUGAGUUCGGUUAUGAGGUGCUGCCGUACCGGGCUGGUCCGGAUGUUCGUCCGGCCGGGAGGAUCGACCCGAGCCUGCUCGCUGCGCUUGCCGCAGCGGCUCGGUUUGCAGCUUCGGCGCCGAACCGGACGCUGCCUGCUGGUGCGUUUCCGAGGUGCCCCCCUGGGUGGCGGAAAGAUGGGAAGAGUGGAGGCGGUUGGGGGAGGGUGGAUGGUGCGGGGGAGGGGAAAGGAGGCCUGUUUUGGCCUAGAUGUUGCCGAACCAAGGCAUGGAGAAUAGCUUGUCGGAGUGAUGGGGUUGGGGGGAAAGGGUCAACUGAGUCAACCGAGUCAACAGGGAAUGAGGUGGAUGAGGAAUUGGGGGAUGAUGGGGAGGUGCAAUCAGGAGGAGCGAGCUCUGGUAGAUCUACAGGGCCAACGGACGGUGGGGAUGCAGCGAAAGCAGCGUUAAGAGCAGCAAAGGCGGCAGAGGACGAGGCUGCAGUGGCUGCAGCGGAGUAUGUGAAGCUGCUUAUAGUGAGGCGGUGCCGCGAGCUGAUGAUAGGCAUGGCCACGCCCGCACACUAUGAUUGGUGGCUACUGCAAGAUGUGGACCGUGCAGGAGGGAAGCUUCUGGGAAGCGAUGGAGGGGUGGAUGGGACAGGAGCAAGAAGAGUGGGUCACAGUGGUGCUGCCAGCAGCAGCAGUGCUGCCGCUGGUGGCGGUGGCAGUAGCAGUCGCAGUGGUAAUACUGGUGCUGAUGGUGGGAGCAGCAGCAGCAGCAGCGGUGGGGGUGACGGUGCUGGGAUUGGAGGGGAGUUUGAGAGGGAGGGUGAGAUGCAGUGCAAAUUUAGGGGGCAGGUGUUGUCGCCGCAACGGUUGCUUGCUGUCAAGUACCGGCUCAGUAGAAAGGAGAUGCUGCUGGCUGUUAUACGAAGGCUGGAAGCUGGACUGUAG